AUGAAGGGUCCUACAUCUUUUCUUUUACCGUUGAUUUCCUUCUUUUUUGGUGUCGCUUGUGAUGGAGGAGACGAAAGUGAUCAACAUGGCACAAUUUAUAUGUUCCAAGCCAAAAAUAUUGAUGGUAAAACGGUCUCCAUGGAAAAAUACAGAGAUAAAGUGGUGCUAUUCACAAACGUAGCGUCUUACUGCGGAUAUACAGAUUCCAACUAUAACGCAUUCAAAGAACUAGACGGUUUGUAUAGAGAGAAGGGAUUCCGAGUUGCAGCUUUUCCUUGCAAUCAGUUUGGAAAACAAGAGCCAGAAAGUGAAUUGAAGAUUUUGGAUUUUGUAAAAAGCAGCUAUACUUAUACUCCUGAUAUGUAUUCAAAGAUAGAAGUCAAUGGUCCAAACACGCAUCCGCUGUGGAAGUUCUUGAAGAACGAACGAGGGUCUUCACUAGCAUCUGAUAUUCCUUGGAACUUUUCGAAGUUUCUAGUGGACAAAAAUGGUCAUGUGGUUGCACGAUAUUCGCAUUCUGUCAACCCUCUCGAUUUAGAGGAGGAAAUCACUCGGCUCUUGAAUUCGAAUUCAUAA